AUCAGUCCACCGGGGCUGUUGGGCCUUCCUGCCGGCCUUUCUGUGACUCUCCUGCAGUGUCUGUCUGGUCUUCUGAUCUCUGCAACAAUGAAGGUCAGGCUGGACUGUCUCUGAAGCUCAUCAGCCAGAAUGGACCUACCUGGUCAUCACCCACAGCAGCCUCCGCCUCUUGUCCACCACCCUGGCAACUACCCAGAGGAUUUGUUAACUUUCGAGGAAUCAUCAACAUCUCAGGAGUUAAAGACAGAGCCAGACAGCAGACCAGAGCCAGACGAGAGCUGCCCUAUCUGUGGAGACAAAGUGUCAGGAUACCACUAUGGGCUGCUCACUUGUGAAAGCUGCAAGGGCUUCUUUAAGCGCUCAGUGCAGAAUAACAAGCAUUACACCUGCGCAGAACAACAGAGCUGCCCCAUGAACCUUUCGCAGAGGAAGCGUUGUCCUUCAUGCCGCUUCCAAAAGUGUUUGGCGGUAGGCAUGAAGAGAGAAGCAGUAAGAGCCGAUCGUAUGAGAGGUGGCAGGAAUAAAUUUGGACCUCUGUACCGGCGGGACAGGCAGAUAAAACAGCAAAAAGUGUGUCAUCAGGCAAACACUGCUCCCUACAGGAUUAAAAUGGAAACUACCCAAAUACACCGACCCACAGCUCCAAAUGACCUCCACCUAAUGAGCAGUCACAGUGUUCCAUUGUCCUCUGAUGCUUUUCAUCAGUCCCACAUGUAUCCCUCUGGCAUUGGGCAGUUGGGUGCGCCCAUGCCUCUGGACUGCACUAUGAACACAGACAAGGUGCUCACUCCUCCAUCCCUGUCCUACUCUGGACUGUACCACCGCACCUUCCCUGGAUACCUCCAGGAGAAAGGAGAAAUGGCUCUUGGCUACACUCCAGCUCCUGUGCACCCAACUCCGAACAAUUCAUUUACACAAAGAAGUACACCAGCAUCAUCCCCCUGCUUAACACAAAGCUCAACCACCCCUCUGACCCAGGCUCCCACCCAAAUCCUGGACACCCCUUCAUCAGCCACUCCUACUUCCAACUUCCUAAGCCAGCUCCUGGAGGGGGAGCAGGAUGAGAGACAGCUGUGUGCCAAAGUCCAUGCCAGUCUGCAGAGAGAACAGGCCAAUCGUGGCAAACACGACCGCUUAAAUACAUUCAGCAUCAUGUGCAAAAUGGCUGACCAGACUCUGUUUGGGCUUGUAGAGUGGGCCAGGAACAGUGCACUCUUCAAGGAGCUCAAUGUUGAGGACCAGAUGGUACUGUUGCAGAGCUGUUGGAGUGAGCUGCUAGUCCUGGAUCACCUCUGUAGGCAGGUGACCUAUGGCAAAGAGGGCUGCAUCUAUCUGGUCACAGGACAACAGAUUGAGGUGUCAACCAUCAUCUCUCAGGCAGGAGUGACACUAAGUGGCCUGGUAUCAAGGACCCAGGACCUGGUGUCCAAACUGAAGGCACUCCAGUUAGACAGACAUGAGUUUGUCUGUCUCAAAUACCUGGUGCUUUUCAACCCUGAUGUGAAGUCAGUGCAGAGCCACAGGCAGGUGGAGCAGACUCAAGAGAGGGUGAACAGGGCCUUGAUGGAGCACACCCAACGGAGUCAUCCAGGACACUCAGACAAGUUCGGCCAGCUGCUGCUCCGGCUGCCUGAAGUACGCAGCAUUAGCUUGCAGGUUGAGGAGUAUUUGUACCAGCGCCAUCUUCUGGGAGAUUUGCCCUGCAACUCUCUACUCACUGAGAUGCUGCACACCAAGCACAACUGAGAAGAAGCUGCUGUAUUGUCAAGACCCAACAGUGCUCUUUACUUUUGAUGAUUGUUGCAAAUAGUAAACAUGCAUGCUCAGAAGUGAGGGGAAAAUGUUAUCCAGGAUCAGAAAUGAAAAGGAAUAUUUACUUAACUUGUGUCAUGCUUCACCAAAGUGCCCAUUAUUAACAGUAUUACAACAGCCAAACAGCCCUGUCUGUCAGUACCGUUGGACAGAUCUGAGAUCCAAGCACUACCAUGAUGUUUUUUUAUUAAGCAGAGCUCAACUGUGUAAAGAAAAAGGAAAAAUGCAUCACUGAAUAAAGAAAUGUCUUUUGGAUAUGCC